UCCCUCGGAGUUGAGCGUGUCACCUCACGUGGUCUCACGGCCCCUCGUUCUACGCGGUUGCGCCUGCGCGGCGGCGGCGGCAGGAGGGUCUGGAAUCCGAGCGUGUUCGUCAGUUUUUCCGCCCACUUCUUCCGACAUGAACGCUGAGAAUUUCGGCGCGAGUGAGAGGCUGGUGAACGCGGCCUACGUGCGGCAGGGGGCGCAAGGCCGCCGCGCGCAUGAGCUGCGCCUGCGGGCGUUGCUGGAGCAGGGCAAGUGUCCUGAAGAUGGAUGGGAUGAAAGUACCAUCGAACUUUUUCUCCAUGAACUUGCCAUUAUGGAUAGCAACAAUUUUCUGAGCAACUGUGGUGUGGGUGAGAGGGAAGGAAGAGUGGCAUCAGGAUUAGUUGCCCGUCGGCAUUACAGGCUAAUCCAUGGAAUUGGGAGGUCAGGAGAUAUUUCUGCUGUCCAGCCUAAAGCUGCAGGUUCUAGCCUUUUGAACAAACUUACUAAUUCAAUAGUUCUGGACAUUAUAAAGCUGGCUGGUGUCCAGACAGUGACCAAUUGCUUUGUGGUUCCUAUGGCAACUGGCAUGAGUCUAACUCUGUGUUUCUUAACACUGCGGCACAAGAGACCAAAGGCAAAGUAUAUUAUUUGGCCACGCAUAGAUCAGAAAUCUUGCUUUAAAUCUAUGAUCACUGCAGGUUUUGAGCCAGUGAUGAUAGAGAAUGUAUUAGAAGGUGAUGAGCUGCGCACAGACGUAAAGGCGGUAGAGGCUAAAAUCCAGGAUCUUGGGGCUGAAAAUGUUCUCUGUGUUCAUUCUACUACAUCUUGCUUUGCUCCAAGGGUACCUGACAGACUGGAAGAACUGGCUGUGAUUUGUUCUAAUUAUGACAUUCCUCAUAUUGUCAACAAUGCAUAUGGAGUUCAGUCUUCAAAAUGUAUGCAUCUCAUCCAGCAGGGUGCUCGAGUAGGUAGAAUAGAUGCUUUCAUCCAGAGCUUGGACAAAAAUUUUAUGGUUCCAGUAGGUGGUGCUGUCAUUGCUGGCUUCAGUGAUUCCUUCAUCCAGGAUAUCAGCAAGAUGUACCCAGGAAGAGCGUCAGCAUCUCCUUCCUUAGAUGUCCUCAUUACACUACUGUCCCUGGGUAAAAGUGGCUACAGACAGCUACUAAAAGAGAGAAAGGAAAUAUUUUCCUACCUUUCAAGUCAGCUGAGGAAGCUAGCAGAAGUCUACAAUGAGAGGCUGUUGAACACACCACACAAUCCUAUUUCCUUAGCUAUGUCACUAGAGAACCUAGAUAAACAUAGUGACAUGGCUGUCACUCAGCUUGGAUCUAUGCUUUUUACAAGACAAGUUUCAGGAGCAAGGGUGGUUCCCCUGGGGUCUUUGCAAACAGUGAAUAACUACACUUUCAAAGGAUUUAUGUCACAUACAAAUAACUAUCACUGUGCUUACCUCAAUGCUGCUUCAGCAAUUGGAAUGAAAAAGCAAGAUGUAGACCUGUUCCUAAAAAGACUGGAUAAGUGUAUGAAGACUUUUAGAAAAGAAAAGAGCAAUGGAAAAGAUGUGCCUGAAAUGGAUAACUGUACCAAACAUACAAGUGCGGGAGAGACUGAAGACUAGAACAAGAUGUGGAUUUUGGAAGACACAAAGUUUGGGGUGAUGAUUUUUUUUUUUUUGAUUGUGGGAAGUUUGUAUCCUAUUUACAUUGUGGAAUAUGCAAGACAGGGAAUUGGAAUUUAAAUUUUAAAAAAAACUUGGAUGAAAUUCAGAUUUAAAAAAAUUAUUGGGUAAUAUUCACCGCUGUGCAGACAGCAAACCAUGAGGCUUUUGCACCUCUGAAAACCCACUUAAGUACUCAAAUAGGGCUUAAAUGGUAUGAAGGCUCUAAGAUGGGUCUUUGUCUAGAGAUGAAUGUGCACCAUUGUGAUUGGAAUUGGACAAAUAUCUAAAGAAAAUUUCAGUGAAUAUUGAUUAAUAUUUUAAAGUGAAUUUGCUUGAGCAGUGUUUUGUAUCCCUUCUGAUUUUGCUAUUGGUAUUCAUUUAGCAAACAGUCCUUUUUUGCUCACAAAAAUGUCUGUGGUCUGAGUGUUCAUACAUGUGAGUAUUUGCUCAUGAGAUGGGCUCACAGCCAUCUCCUGCUACAUCUCUUUAUGGCAUGAGAGGGGAGAUGGAUAUUAUUAAAUGAAAUUUUAAAAUAAGGUAAGGAUGAGAUACAAUGUGGAGAGAUUGUUUUUCCGAGUCCCUUUCCUGAUAGUAGUUUGAACAGCUGCAAACAGGAGUCACAUGUUUGAAGUCUGGACAUGUUCUUAGGCAAGAAACACCAUGGAAAGGCACAGACUCUCUGUGGCAAAGGGAAAUCUACAACACUUCAUACCCAGCCAAUCCUCAGCCCCUGGAAAGAUUUGCAGGAUUGAACAGUCCCACAGGAAGCAUAUGGGGGUAAACAGCAAGGAAAGAAGGGGGCUGCAGUAGGAAGGCAGUGAAAUGGGAAGAUCUUCCCUCCCUCUUGCAUUUUAUGUGCCUUAAUAAUUGCUCUCCUGAAUGGGAGCAAUCAGAAGACCUGCAGUAAUGGGAGAUUGGUUCUCCUCUGGGCCCUGAAGAGGGACAGCAGAUAUUCAUGGAGACUCCCAGGAGGUUAGAUUUACUCCAGCACUUCGAUAAUUUUUGAGAGCAUGCCUCCUAAUUCUGAACCAUCUCCUGUGGGUGGUGCUGCUGCUGCACCAGCUAUAUUCAGUGGCUGACUGAACUGGUUAGCCUAGCUAAGGGCCCAUAUCACUGAAUUUGCUUUUGUUGGCUUAGGCUUGUAAAGUUUUUCAUUUUAAAAAAAAAAAUUAAAAUGGGAUUCAUGCCGCAUAUGCAGAGUGGCAAUUUGGUUAAAUUGAAGAUAUUCCAAAUCAUUUAUUGGUCGAGUGGAGCAAGAUCAAACGCUCAAUUCAGUGACAUUUCUCUGUGUGUCUGUAAUGUGCUAUCUUUGGCACGCCGCAUCUGAUCAAUUUUAAAAAUAAUGGAAUGUUCUAGGCAUCCAUGGGCACACUUCUGUUAGUUCAGGUGGAAAUCAGAACACCAGAAGAACCCAGUUCAGAGGAAAAUCAGGGCCCCAGACUGUUCGUUGCCACAGGCAGAGGAAUCUCUGCUGCCCCCUGUACAUAGCAGAGGCAGCAGCGUAACCUGUUGAGUGGGGAGACGGUAGCCUGGACUCUCACAGAAAUGAGAGCUUUCCAAGGAUGGUAUAUAGGGAGGGAAGUGGGGGGGGAGGAGGGAGAGUCCAGUGCAUAGGGGAGGAGUAGGAACCCAGAGAGGGAGGGGGCCAGGGUGAAGGGAUGCAUUAGGGACCAGAGGGAUGGGGCAGUCGUGAUGGGUGAAGCAGGGACCCAAAAGCGGGGGAAAGGGAGAUGGAGGGGGAAGGAUGCAGGAACCCAAAGAGGACUAGGGGUCAAUGGUGCUGUGGGAGAAGCAGGAUCUACAAGAGAAUAUAAGGGAUGGGAAGCAGGGGCCCAGAGUGGAGAAGGGGGGAGGAGAAAGCAGGGGUGGGGAGUCAGGAGGGGCAAACCAUAAAUACUUGGGGGUGAGGAGCAAGGACCUGGAGAGUGGGGAAUGGUGAUGGGGAGUGUAACAGGGCAUAGCAGGGCCACCCUUGGUCCUGCCUCUGCUCCACUCCAAAAAGCACUCCAAGACCUUCUGGCUCAGCAGUCAUCAGUGCAGUUUAUUUGCAUAGUGCCACCCCACCACCUUCUCACCAGGUCCAGCUUGGGGGCUCUAGCCUUGAGGACUCCUUAGUCUCUGGACCCAGAAGGGCAGAGCUACCACACUCCUUCCCUGGCUCACCCCUUCUCUUGCUCUCUCUCCCUCUUCCCCCCACCCCCCCGCUGUCUGCCACUGGGCCUGUAUAUAGACCCAGGCUAAUCAGGCUGGCAGCUGUUUCUCCUUUGCCAAUCAGCCACUGGUUUCCCCCAGUCAACCCCAAUUUACCUCCUUUAAUUGGAGUUGGAGUGACAGAGAGCUGGCUCAGCUAUUGCUGCUGAGCACCCUGUCACAGGGAAGGAGAUAUGCAGGGGGGACACAUAGAUUGGAGCAAUGGGGACACUGGUAUGAGGAAGGGGGUGGAGGAGUUGUAGGGAGAUCCUGAAAUAGAGGAGGAUGCAGUAUGACACAAGGAAUUUACUACGGGGGAAAUGGAGGAAUGCAAGUAGCCCCUAGGGGCACAUUGUGCUUCGCCUGCUGAAGCUAUGAAGAGUGUGACCCCCACACACACUUUUACAUACACACAUUUUGUUUUGUGAUACCAUUGUCUUGGCAUAUUUUUACUUUAACAUAAUAUCACUGUUUAAAUGCUGCAUUAAUUCUAUCCUCAAGUUAGAUUUUGUUAAACUUACUUGUUCAUAAGCAUGAUUUGUAUGAGCCACUGUAAAAUACUUUUAUACAAACUAAGGCCCAUAAAUUGUAGAAUUCUGCCAGCCGGAACAGAACUGCCAGACUUCCUAUUCUGCCAGUGCCACAAACCUUUGUGCCCCAUUUGUCCACUUCUUUCAUUGGCAUCGUCAGGGCUUCUUUCCUCAACACUAAUCUCUAUGCCUGGAAUGCCCCGCAAGGGCCGCUAUUCUCUCUGCAAUCAAAUCUGUACUUCAGGCUCACAUCGAAGACUCAGCAAAUGCCCUCAUGAAGCGAGUCAAUUUAAUUUUUUUAAAAAAAAACCUUGUACCAUCAUGAUGUGCAUGUGCCUUAAACUAAAUACCUCUGUAAUGUCAUUGCUGCUACUCUUGUUUCUUCUCACCCCGUUGUUUGUCACUCUCACUUGCUGUGCCGCUGUCAUUUGUUAUGUCAUGUCGCAUCUUAAUUUAGACGGUAAACUCUGAAGGCCAUAUGCUGUGGGUAAUUUAAUAAUAACUUGAAAUGAAAUUUGAUUUAAAUAAUCCAAACUCAAAUAGAAAAGAAUUACCAAACCUUUGUGUUGGUCUCUUACAAUGCAGAGCUAGUUCUGUACAAAAGAUCUGAGCCAAAUUAUUAAACAGAAUGCUUUUAAAGGAAGAUUAUAAUGUCAUUGACCACUAUCCACCAGUAUGUAUGAUAAAGUAAGUAAUGUGCAUUCCAGUGAUGCUUCAGUUACUAACUUAAUCUUUCCAUAUGUCCCUUACAAUAACCAAUUAUGGACAAGACGAUGGUAAAUACUACCCCUUGGAAGUGGGCAGAGUUUCACAGCACUGCUGCUAGAAAGUGGUGAUAGAAUGGAGGCAGCAUUGUUUGGAGGUAGGGCGAGAGGGAAAAGCUGACAAUGUCUGCCUUCCAUGAAAAUUUUGCAGUGAGAUUUUAUGGCGAAGGAGAAGAACUCAAGAACUUUUGCUGCACUGCACCCAGCCACAAAGUUCACAGGAAGGUAUGAGUGAACUGACAUUUGACCUGAUGAUCAUGUGGAGAUUUUGAGCAACUGCACUUUCAACAUAAGUAAGGCCACGGGACCUCCCACAACUCCUCAAAGAAAACCAAAUUAAGUGGUUGAGAGGGGGUGGGUUUGUGUGUAGGAAGGGGCCAGUGCUGUUUCUUCACAGGGUGUGCGAGAUGCAGUGCUUUAGUUCCAUUUUACCAUGUAAUAACUUGUGCUAAUUAGAUGUUCCUGAAUGUUUGACAUGUCUGAUUAAUUGUGUAUUAAGAUCUCUUAUAAUGUCUUACUUUCACGGGCAAAAAUACAUAAUAAAUGUUUUAAUAUA